AUGUCAACAGUAGGAGCGGAUUUGAGGGAUAUUUUCAAAAUAUUUUUCGAGCCGUUCUCUCAAGUGGCUCCUCUUCCUGGAGCAGCCUUCCAUGGCGAAAUCGAGGACGCCAAUUCCGGCGCCAGGGGAUUUGCCCAAAACAUCUCUAAACAGGACCUCCGUCCGCUCAUCGCCAACGCCAGUCAGCCACACUUUGCUUACCCGCCAGACGAGCCCAGGGUCUUUGUCAAAUUCACAAACAAUAAACCUCACUCAGGCCUCACGGGCGUGAGAGCCCAGGCGGACAUGCAGUGGCUUUCGUGGGAGUGGCUCCGCAACGAGCGCCAGCGCGGCAACGACCAUGGCAUCCGCGUCCCCGAGGUCUAUCGGGAUUUGGCCUAUGCCAAGGAUAUUUUGAAGGGGAACAAUACGUUUGUCAAUGAACCGAUUUGGGAACUACCUGAGGACUAUGGCUUCGACCGGCAUGGGCUGAUUGUUCGACGGAGAUUUGCGGCAUCAAAUAACGACCAAGAUGAGUUCCCGACGCCGACUGAUCCGCGAUCGGCAUCCCAGCUGUCUUCUGAGGCCCAAGGUGAUAUUGCACGCGACUGCAAUGUGACGCCGGCUCCGUCCGGCCAGGGACCGCCAUCGCCAUCAUCCCGUCUAACGACUACACCGGAGGCUAUAAACUUCGCGGCAGAAUCGCAGUCGUCGCUGCGCCAGUGUUCAACUCAUACUUCCCCUACCGAGUACAAUAGGUCAACCUCGACUCCAGUACCGGCAUCGUCUUCAGCCGCACCAGGUCUGACAGCUAACGAAACCUCUCCGCAAUCAUCAAGCAGCUUGGUGGAAAUCUCGCAAUCACAAUCAUCUAUAAGCGAAAAUCACAAUCAGCACGAGUGCACAUCUCUAACAACACUCAGUGCAGUACCAGUAGUGAAAACCAUAGGUUGCAAUGGUGCUUCACGAUUGCCAGUUGCUUUUUCACCAUCAUCGCCGUCCUCGAAAUCUCGCCAACGAGGCUCCCGAUCUGUCGAGUCGCCUUGUAUCAUCUCUGAACCUGCAGUUUCUCCAACAUCACCAUCUUCAUCGUCAAUCUCAUACAGGCUACUGCCGUCAUCACCUCUCGCAACAACAAAGUCUCAUAAUUCGCCGGAAGAGUUUUCACAUGACGCCAAAUCAAGUAUCGACACCGCCAUCAAGGAGGAGCCGUCACAGACUGUGACUGUUGCCUUCAGCUCCCCAGUCGAAGUCACGAAUCCAACGCGAUCACCUUCGACAGACCCUAACCCCGCAUUUUCACCGCCCUCUCUAUCGAUGUGUUCCUCAUUGCGCCACGAAGCAAACCAAACACUGACGGCAAACUCGAAUUGCCGCAUGGAUGGCAUUACCAAACGCGCCAUGGCCCCCCACUCGCUUAAAAGUUUCGAAGCAUCAACUGAAGGAGUUAGGAAGCGACCUGGGCCUAACCUACACGAGUCGUCACCGAAGAAACAGAAAGGAAGCUGUUUUGUCGACGGAGAUCGUGCCACUGCAUUGGCGGUCACACCGCUUCACCCACUAUCAUCAGCGCCUCUCCUUGACCAAGGAACACGGCUAAACGACGUGGUCGUUAACGAAUAUAUGCAUCAUAUUGCGGAACAUUACGAAUGUUGUUUCGCUAACAGCUUUUUUCUCAAGGGGUAUAAACCUGAGGAACAAUGGAAAGCUGAAGUCGGUGAUCCUUUGAAAUCGGACCUUGUCUUGAUGCCAGUUCAUGACAAGAACAGCGAGCACUGGUACCUCCUCGCCAUGUAUAAGUUCGGCAACAGUCUAAUUGUGUGUUUUCUCGAUUCUCUUGGGCCUUCACCCUCGCGGGAAAAAAUGCACGAAGAUACUUUCGCAAGCUGGGUGAAAUAUCUCUUUGCUUGUGGUAAUAAGGCACCGGUAAAGAAAAAACACGUCCAGGUUCCCCACCAAACCAAUGCAUUCGAUUGUGGAGUUUACGUAUUAGCAUUCGCUCAGAAGAUCACCAAAUAUGCCAAAACAUUCGCACUGGGCGACGACAAUCUUGACUGGCACGUUGACACGCUGGAAUUCCGCAAAAUCAUAGCAAGCACCCUCGAGUCUAUCAGAACUACUACGAACAAGUCUGCUGCUAGCAAUCAAAGGACUAUAAUUAGCUCCGAGACCGACAUUCCCCAGCAACCUUUGCUUCAGGGUGUAGACUACACCGAGCCUACCACCUCCCCCAGCCAGCCGUCACUAGUCCAGGCAACACCAACCCAACAAUGCGCGUCAAGUUUUGUACCUUACAGUUUGCAAUGCAAGACGGCUUCGUCACCACCCGGGUUAUCGGCGUUGUCGCUUGAGGACGCGCUUAAGGAUGACAUGGCUAUGGUUGACAUGUAA